AUGGCUCCUAUUACUAGGUCCUCCGUCCAGGGAAGACCGGCGCAGAACCAGUUUGGCGAUUUCCAGAGGAACAACUCGACUGAGGACCAUCUCGAGUCCGACCAUGCGAGCGACGAGGAAAUGGCCGAUGACGACGUCGCGGAGUCCAUACAGGAAGAACCCGGGUCUCCUUUCCGCUCUACUGCGCAAGAAUUUCUUCGACCGCUGCAAGACACCGCCGACCGAGUGAGCAGGCAAGUCGAGGAGUUUGCAAAGGCAUUGGACAAGUUCGUGGCCAACCGAGAGCCCACCGAUGCCUCUCUGUGGGAAGAUGCUUUGGUACUGUUAGACCGCUACAGCAAGAUUGCUCAAAUCAGAAAGACAAACACGACAUCCACCGAUGAUGCAGACUCCCAAACACAGAAACUUCAGCUGGAAUCUGACCUGUGGGGGCUCAUUCGAAACCUGCUCUAUUGUAACUCGCCCGAGACAGUCAACAACACACAAAUCGCGCAAGAGUCAAGGCUGGCCGGACUCCACCGUUAUUCAAACAACGUCGAACUUUGGACGGCAUUUUUGGAUUCCGAUGUCGUCGCCCAAGAAUAUGAAUGCAUAUUGGGCUGGCUCCAAGAUCGGGCAGCCGAUACACUACCGCCCAUUGAAACCAUUAUGAAGACCUUGCAAGAGAAAUCAGAGCGAGGUGAUGGGGUUUGGAGCGCCGGGCCGAUUUUCACGCAAUCCGCGAUCAAGAAACAGAAACGAACACGGGCCUUGUCAAGGCCGCUCGAUCCCUCCAACCCCAAUAUCAGCCGCUCUCACACUCGCAAAGCUGAUGGCAAGCCGCUUGUUGCACAAUUGGAUCCGGAUUCUCGCACUCGCGAAUCCGCACUGCUGGAAGAGCAGGACGAAUAUUAUGAGCGGGCGGCCUGGCAAACCUGUUGGGAGAUGCUGCGUCGCGGUCUUAGUGCGGCCGAGAUCCAUUCCUGGUGGGCGGAACGGAAAGAGGCGUGGCGAUAUGCUGUCAUUCGCGGCAGCGGCUUGAACACCGAAGAAAUGGCGCAAUCACCCUGGCUUCGCAUAUUGAACCUGGCCUCGAAUGCGGAGUGGCUGGAACGAUGUCAUAUUCUGGCACAAAACCCGAACAUCCAUGAUGUUUAUCAAAAGGCUGUCUACGGCCUGCUCUGUGGCGAUACAGGAGCCUCGAAGGCGGCCACGAAAACCAUCGACGAUCAUCUCUUUGUCCUCUUCAAUGCUCUGCUCAUUCAACGCUAUCUACACUAUGUACAUGCGUAUAGGGACAAACUGAACGAUCAAGGGGCUAUUGUGUACCGACCGCAGCCUGGGGCAACCGCUCGGAUUCGACAUUAUGCCACCAUGGCGCAGGCCGACCCGACAACCAAGGAUGAGAUUCAUCUACCGCAUAAACUGCUGGAAUUAGCGGUGGUCUCAAAGGACUUUGACACCUUUUUCGUUUCUAUGGGACAGGCUGCCGCUGAUAUGGCCCAUGCCUCUGGCCAAGGGAAGCACCUCAUGAGGCUCAAGGAAAUCGAGAAUCAGAAUGAUUCCCAGGAGAUUGCUCGGGUGAAUGCUCAGGAUCAAGACGCUGUUCGCAUGGUCGUCCAUCUCCAACUUUUGCUUCGAGCAUUAGGGUUUCUGGAGUCCUCAUAUGCUGGCCACGAAUAUGAGAUGGAAAACAACAUAGCCAGCUACAUUGGCUGGUUGGAACGUGAAGGGAAAUUCUCCUUGAUUCCAUUGUACGCUUCCAAAAUGUCCAAACCCAGGACUCAGCAAACUUUGGGGGAGAUUCUCAUCAACGUAACGGACCGUCGAGAGCGGGAUCUACAGGUCAAGCUGAUGAAACAGUAUGGCAUCGAUGUCUCGGAUGUCGCAUACGGCAUUUUCUCGAUCGCCAAUUUUGAUCUCAUCCAGAGACUUCGAAAUUUAGCGGAGAUUCACCCGCCCAGGAUCACGGUGCCUGGAGGGACGUACAACACCGCUCAACUGCGCCUUCGUGCGGGCCUGAUGACUGGAGAAGUCUCAGACGAGGCUGAAAGGGCCAUUCGAAGUGUGGAAUGGUAUCGAUACGUCGAUGCGGAGAAUUGGGGAGUUGCCGCGUGGUCUGUGGCACUGCUUUACAAGACUUUCUUGAUAGACGGCAAUUUUGUGGCUUUGCGGCAACUCUAUGAACGGGCCGGCCUGUCGGAGCUAUCUCUUGCUGCCGUGGGAAUGAACCUCAUUUUUGCCGACGAGGAGCCACCUCCUGAGGAGGACCAAGGUGAAGAUGAGGAGAUGGAUGACGAUCACGUCCGCCCCAUCAGUCCGACUCGCAAACAGAAGAGCCCCAUGGGCGAGCAUCCUCUGACCAGAGCAGGCACUGAUCGGGGAACCUUGGCUUACAAGUCAUUGGUUUGGAGGGAACUGGAACAGCUUGUGGGAGCUCUGGACAGCUUGGAUGUCUUUCAAGAGAUUGCAGACAAUCUAGAAGCUAACCGAAGCAAUGCGCACAUUGUACGAGAGUGCAAGCGUGAGAUGAAGAAGGCUCUCGAGGAUGUCCGGGAGAACAUGCAGCCACUUUUCGAUCCGGACUUCUUGUGCCGGCCACAAGACGAAAUGGAAGCGGUUAUGCUGACGGCGCUACGCAACCAUUACGUUCCCGAGUGCAUCUUGGCUUACAAUGGCGUCUUGUUCGCUGCGGGACACUAUUGUUCGCGAGUCUGGUUGGUGGAAUGUAUGGAAUUGGCCCAAGUGGUUGCGCAGAGUCCCAUGUUGACCGAAGCCUUUGUCGAAAGUGGUCGGAUGAAGGAAUUGGUCAAGGCUUUUGCGCUGGACAGUCGGUCCUUGCUCGAGGCGACGGAACAGGGGGCCUCAAAGUCGAAGAAGAUCAAGACGGAGAAAGGCAAUGGUGACAUCUGGAAAGUCACCUGGAAGCAGUCCGGGCCUGUGGAUCUAGAAGCGCUGGAUUAG